UUUAGCAAAACCUAUUUCGUGGAUUUUGGACGCACAGAAUUUGAUAUUUUUACAAUCUUUUAUUAAAUUCUGAUGAACCAGAAUGGUGGAAAACAUUGUUUUUAUGGCACAGACAAAGAAGUGAGCACCUCAGUGAGAAGAGUAAUAGAAAAAUACUAAGAUCAGUUGUGAUACAAAACUCACUUUCAACACAGAGACGGAUUUCACCCUUCAGUACAGUGAUACAGACCUCACUUUCAAGCACAGAAAUAGAUUUCAUCCUUCAAUACAUAUACUGUGAUACAGACCUCAGUUAUUUACACAGAAACUGAUUUCACCCGUUACUUCAGUGAUACCAGCCUCACUUUCAACCCAGAAAUAGAUUAACAGACAUGGAAGUUCCAUAGCAGAUUGUUGACACCAGUAGAAAAAAAAAACACAAAAAAACUAGUAAAGCAGUUUUCCAACAGUUCAUUAGUAACAUUGAAAUUGCUUGUUUUCAACAUGUCAUUAAGCAGACAUCAGGACAGCACAGAGGAUAAUAGAUUUGCUGAUUGUAUUGAAAUUAAAGGUCAUGCUGGGUGUGUUUUGCCACUGACGAAGAUGACCGCACUGCAAUGUGGGUAAAACCAUGUAGGUGCCGGGGAACAACGAUGUGGGUUCAUCAGAAUUGUCUUCAGCGAUGGAUUGAUGAGAAACAGAAGGGAAAUAGUAAUGCCAAAGUGGCAUGCCCCCAGUGCAAUACUGAAUAUAUUAUCAUCUUUCCUAAACUGAGUACAUUGAUAUCAAUAAUGGAGCCACUAGACAGACUUAUCAACAAGACGUGUCCAUUUGUGGCUGGUGGUAUAUUUAUAGGUUCAUUAUACUGGACAAUGGUCACCUAUGGUGCUGUAACUGUGAUGCAGGUCCUUGGUCAUAAAGAAGGACUGAGUGUGAUGGAAGGGUCAGAUCCCCUGGUUCUGUUGAUAGGGCUCCCUCUGAUACCCUCCAUGUUGAUCCUGGGAAAAAUGAUCCGAUGGGAGGACUAUGUACUUCGUCUCUGGAGAAAACACUGCAUGAAAUCACCAAUUCUUAAAUAUUUAUUCCCAAACGAUUAUGCGAACCUUGCCCGAACUCCAGCAGAGACUGCCAGUAUCUCCGACCCAAUCUCUAUAACCCGAAUGUUGUGUGGGGCUCUCAUCCUGCCUACCAUAGCAACCACUGCAGGAAAAGUCUUGUUUGGAAAUGUUUCAUCAAACUUUCAACGAACAUUGCUAGGAGGUGUAGCGUUUGUGGCAAUUAAAGGUGUGUUAAAGAUUUACUAUAAACAGCAGCAAUAUAUCCGACAAGCCAAUAGAAUAAUUCAGGACUAUGAGCCUUCAACAACAGAUACAAAUGUGCCGCCAAGAUCUUGAGAGUGUGUAGAAAAUAAGUUGUAUAUAAGUUUUGUUGGUCAUUAUGUUCAAAAAUAGACCAUCUUGUGUUGAAAUGUAAAUCCUUUAAGACAUUUAGAUGUAACUAUUUGAAAUGUGUUGGUCAUUGCAUUUGAAAAUACUCCAUCUUGUAACACUAUUUUUUGAUGACACAUGGUUUUAAAGUAGUCAGUGUGGUUAUAAUUUUCAGUACGAUUUAGGUGGAUUUACUCUAAAUAUAUGUAAAAAUUUAACGACAAAUGUACAAGUGGCUAUAUAUUUUCUUAACCAACUUGUGUUAUACAUUAUGAACAUGUAAAAAAAUCUAUAUUGUAGUUUUUGAGGCAAUGAUCACAUAUAAACAUAAUUUAUUUCAAAAUAGGUACAUAGAACUCCGUGAGGACGAUAGUAAGUCGUAUAGAAUAGUGAUACUUUCACACAUACGGGUAUACAUGUAGUGAUGUUAACUUACUUUUCAUCUGAAGAAUGUUAACCAUUACACAUGUUUUCCAGUUCAGUAUCUGAUAGAAAAUUCAGUUGAAAUGAUUUUCUGAAUUUGGUUAAUUUAGUAAAUAGAUUUUUUGCCAAGCAUCUUUCAAGAUACAGUCCAACUUCAUUCGCUCGAACUGAUCGUCAGCUCGAACAAAUUUUACCAGUCUUGAUGAGUGAGUGAACGAAGUUUGACUGUAGUAUGGUAAGAGAUCAGUAGUCUAAAGGUUAAGAUGUUGACCGUUCAGCCAGGAGGUUGUGGGCGUCAGCCCCACUGGGGUCAUGACAGCACUUCUUAAACAGCUUUUUCCAUAAAGUGAACUAAAGAUUAAUUUUAAUAAAUCACACUAGCGAAAAUGAAUUAGGGUAAACAAGUGUUAGAAUACACUAGAAGAUUUUGUUCUUUGAUGUUGUGUCUACCAAAUAUUGACAGAUAUUAAUGAAAAUUGAACACUAUUUUGAAGUAUUACUGUAUUUUAAUAAGUCAUAACAAAGAUAAAAAUUGGAUUUAAAUUCAUUGAGCCAUAACAGUUACAAUCAAGAAUCCCAAAAAGCAGAAUUCACAUGAUCAUUAAAUCCCCAAUGACAGUAGUACACGUGAACUUGAGAAAUUGAUUAAUUCAUAUUAUUAUAUACUGAUUUUAUGACUGUGUUUAAUGCUGCAGGUGGCAUAACUUGUCACAUAGCAGCCAACACCAUGUUACACUCAUUUUGUGAUUUUAUUGUACCCCCCGACAACAAAGUUGUAAGAGGGGGUAUACUGGUUUCAGGUUGUCUGUCCGUCUGUCUGUCCGUAGACGCAAUCUUGUGCGCACCAUCUCUCCUUAUCCCCUUGACAGAAUUCAAUGAAACUAUACACAAGUGAUCAGUACCAACAGUAGUUGUGCAUGGGGCAUGUUAGGUUCUUUUAGAAAAAAAAAUUGCAGAGUUAUGGGACUUUGUUUUUAGCUCACCUGUCACAAAGUGACAAGGUGAGCUUUUGCGAUCGCGUGGCGUCCGUCGUCCGUCCGUGCGUUAGUCCGUCCGUGCGUGCGUAAACUUUUGCUUGUGACCACUCUAGAGGUCACAUUUUUCAUGGGAUCUUUAUGAAAGUUGGUCAGAAUGUUCAUCUUGAUGAUAUCUAGGUCAAGUUCGAAACUGGGUCAUAUGCGGUCAAAAACUAGGUCAGUAGGUCUAAAAAUAGAAAAACCUUGUGACCUCUCUAGAGGCCAUAUUUUUCAUGAGAUCUUAAUGAAAAUUGGUCAGAGUGUUUACCUUGAUGAUAUCUAGGUCAAGUUCGAAACUGGGUCACGUGGGGUCAAAAACUAGGUCAGUAGAUCUAAAAAUAGAAAAAACCUUGUGACCUCUCUAGAGGCCUUAUUUCUCAAUGGAUCUUCAUGAAAAUUGGUGAGAAUGUUCACCUUGAUGAUAUCUAGGUCAAGUUCGAAAAUGGGUCACAUGGGAUCAAAAACUAGGUCAGUAGAUCUAAAAAUAGAAAAACCUUGUGACCUCUCUAGAGGCCAUAUUUCUCAAUGGAUCUUCAUGAAAAUUGGUCAGAAUGUUCACCUUGAUGAUAUCUAGGUUAAGUUUGAAACUGGGUCACGUGCAUUCAAAAACUAGGUCAGUAGGUCUGAAAAUAGAAAAACUUUGUGACCUCUCUAGAGGCAAUAUUUGUCAUGGGAUCUUUAUGAAAAUUGGUGAGAAUGUUCACCUUGAUAAUAUUUAGGUCUAGAUCGAAACUGGGUCACGUACGGUCAAUAACUAGGUCAGUAGAUCUAAAAAUAGAAAAACCCUGUGACCUCUCUAGAGGCCAUAUUUUUCAAGAGAUCUUCAUGAAAAUUGAUCAGAAUGUUCAUCUUGAUGAUAUCUAGGUCAGAUUCGAAACUGGGUCAGGUGCGGUCAAAAACUAGGUCAGUAGGUCUAAAAAUAGAAAAACCUUGUGACGUCUCUAGAGGCCAUAUUUCUCAAUGGAUCUUCAUGAAAAUUGGUGAGAGUGUUCAGCUUGAUGAUAUCUAGGUCAAGUUCGUAACUGGGUCAUGUGCGGUCAAAAACUAGGUCAGUAGGUCGAAAAAUAGAAAAACCUUGUGACCUCUCUAGAGGCCAUAUUUUUCAUGAGAUAUUUCAUGAAAAUUGGUGAGAAUGUUCAUCUUGAUGAUAUCUAGGUCAAGUUCAAAAGUAGGUCACUUGCCUUCAAAAACUAGGUCAUUAGGUCAAAUAAUAGAAAAACCUUGUGACCUCCCUAGAGGUCAUAUUUUUCAAUGGAUCUUCAUGAAAAUUGGUCAGAAUUUUUCAUCUUGAUGAUAUCUAGGUCACAUGUGCUCAAAAACUAGGUCACUAUGUCAAAUAAUAGAAAUAACGAUGUCAUACUCAGUUCAACACUGGGUCAUGUGGGGAUAGGUGAGCGAUUCAGGACCAUCAUGGUCCUCUUGUU